AUGUUAUCAUCUAGCAAAAUCCAAAGAAAAUCCACUUUAGAAGUGCCACCUGAUGCAACCAUAGUCUCUCGGAAAACCUUAUUUGGCAGCUUCGAUGGUAAUGAGGAUGACGAAAUCAAUAAGGAUGCUGAUAUGGAAGAUGCGAGGAAGAGAUUUUUCGAAAGAUUAGAAAGAGAAGUUGAGGUUUCCUGUAUUAAUGAUACGAUUUAUCAAUUUGCCUUGAGUGUAGAUGAGCGAAACGAAAAUAUAAAUUCAGAAGAAGAAAAAGAUGAAAAUCAACAAGUGUUUCGCUUGUUUGCGCAUGCCCCACCCACCACAAUUUCUUUAGAAUCAAAAGAUAUCAAUGAUUAUAAUGAUUAUGUUCAAUAUGCGAGGAAAAACAUUGAGAAGUCUAGAGAUCAGAGAGAUGAAUCAAAACGUCUAGAGCAAAUCCACUCAUCGGUGAUAACCACCGAGCAAAUACUUAAAGAAUCAAAAAUUCCAUGGGAACGCAACUUUGUUUUGCACAAGGUCAUCCAUGUACCUAAACGUAAAAGAGAAAUUAAGGUAAAAAAAUCGAAAAGAAGGAAGAGUAAGAAGAGAAGGGACGCAGAGAGAAACGAAGGGUUAGUAAAGAAAAGUCAUUCACCACAUAUAAUGAAAGGGAAUAGAGGCUAUGCAUAUGGACGAAACCAGAAUGAACCUCGGAGGUUUAGCAGUUUUAAAAAGCAUUUUAAUUAUGGUCACAGGAAUAGUAAUAUAAAUUAUGGUGAACAGAGACGAGAGGAGACAAAAGAAUGGCGAGCCAGGUGA